AUGGAUUUAGAAGAUGCACUAGACUCACCAUGGCAUGACGAGCCAUCCGGCGCAAAUCUAUCCAAGGUUGGAGAGAGCACCGGACUCGAAAAAUCUAAAGAUUCUUCCUCCCCCAUAUCUCAUAACCACCAGCUUUCUGGAAAGUCCUAUAAACCUACAUCACCUGGAGGUCGCAAUCUUCGUAGCGUUCCUCGUCGCCCUGCUACUCGCCCAGUUCCUUUAGAUAGUUCCUUGGGUCCAUUGGGUCCCCUUGGGAAUGAAGCUUCUACCCAAAAACCAGUCGAUCUUCCUCCAGAUCCUCCACAGAAAGAGCAGAGCCUAGCGUUUAAUAAUCAGUCUCGACAGAUUCAAAGCUCAAAUAUUGGUGAUGAGUUGUCAUCAGUGCAGAGUCUUCGAGUUCCGCCACCUGUUCAGCCACCUCACGCUGAAUCGACUAAAAGAGAUACUCAACCAAGCGUAAGUGUGGAGCAAGCAGCAAAACCCAGCUUCGAUAUCUCGGUUGGAGAUCCCCAUAAAGUUGGCGACCUUACAAGUUCUCAUAUCGUUUAUCUCGUCAGAACUAAGACUUCAUCAAAAGCAUAUCGCCAACCAGAAUUCGCUGUCACCCGAAGAUACCGAGAUUUUCUAUGGCUAUACAAUUCUCUUCACUCUAGCAACCCUGGAGUUGUUGUUCCACCCCCUCCAGAAAAACAAGCUGUCGGGCGUUUCGAUACAAAUUUUGUUGAGUCAAGAAGAGCUGCUUUAGAACGGAUGUUGAAUAAAAUAACCUCACACCCAACACUUCAACAUGAUGCUGAUUUAAAGAUAUUCUUAGAGAGUGAAGCGUUCAAUGUAGAUAUAAAACAUAAGGAGAGAAAAGAGUUAUUAGGAGAAACCAAAGGUAUGUUUGGAGGACUGGGAAUGUCAGUUGGUAGUAGCGUCAAAUUUGUGGAGCAAGAUGAUUGGUUCCAUGAGAGAAGAAACUACCUGGAUGCGCUCGAAAACCAGUUGAGAGCGUUACUAAAAGCUAUGGACGUAGUCGUGACACAACGAAAGGGACUUGCAGAAGCAGCCGGUGACUUUUCUGCAUCUCUACAUGCUCUAGCUACAGUCGAACUCUCUUCAACACUUUCAGGUCCUCUAGAAGAUCUAUCGGAACUUCAGAUUCGGAUUAAAGAACUAUAUGACCGCCAAGCUCAGCAAGAUGUUCUAACUCUAGGAAUUACGAUUGACGAGUAUAUUCGGUUGAUAGGUAGCAUCAAGCAAGCGUUUAGCCAGCGCCAGAAAGCAUUUGGCUCAUGGCAUUUUGCUGAGCAAGAGAUGCAGAAGAGAAAAUCAACACAAGAUAAGCUUUUACGUCAGGGAAAAACCCAGCAGGACCGACUAGUUCAGAUAAAUUCUAGUGUUGCCGAUGCAGAGAAGAAAGUUCAUCAAUCCAGGCUACUAUUCGAAGAUAUGGGUCGCCUUAUGAGAACUGAGCUUGACAGGUUUGAGAGAGAAAAGGUUGAAGAUUUUAAGAGUGCUGUAGAGACAUUUUUAGAAGGUGCCGUUGAGGCACAGAAAGAGCUUAUCGAAAUAUGGGAAACUUUUUUGAUGCAACUAGAUGCGGAAGAAGAUGAAAGCGUCAUGAAGAAACCGACAAACCCAACAGUUGUGACUACCUCUAACAGCCCAAUUUUAAAUACGGAAGGCGGAGAAGUAGCUGAGGGCCCUUCAAAUAUACCUAAUCCAGGCGAAGAAUCGGAGACAUAA